GUGCAUUCAGGAAAUCUGUUGGAGUUAACAGCAGCCGGGAGGGUAUCAAAGGGAAGGUGGCGGAAGCGAGGACGCCGACAACCGCAAAACAAGGGACCGCGGGCCGUAAGAGCAGCAGCCAUGGGUUAGACUGCAUUCACCAUGACUGCGAAAUAAAAGCACCCGCACCUGAAAAUGUCUGCCCGGGGUGGCCCGGCCGCAUCCCCUGCGGGUCCCGCUCAACCGGACAUGCCGGACCUGAGCCACCUCACCGAGGAGGAGAGAAAGAUCAUUCUCUCGGUCAUGGACCGACAAAAGAAAGAGGAGGCGAAAGAGCAGUCCAUGCUGAAGGAACCUCCUAAAGAAAACACAAAGCCUCAGCCAACUCAGUGGAACCCUUUCAGUGGAAUCACUGAGCUGGUUAGUAAUGUUCUUCAGCCCCAGUCAAAAUUCCCCAGUGAGGAGGAGCCAAAGGCGAAGUUGCACCAGCAGUUUGAGAUGUACAAGGACCAGGUGAAGAAGAUCGGGGAGGAGGCCCAGAAGAAUCCAGAGAAGAAGGGUGACUCGCCCACUUGUGGGAUCUGCCACAAAACCAAGUUUGCCGAUGGCUGCGGCCACGUCUGUUUUUAUUGCCAAACUAAGUUCUGCGCUCGCUGUGGAGGACGAGUUUCCUUACGGUCCAAUAAAGUAAUGUGGGUAUGCAAUCUGUGCCGAAAACAACAAGAAAUCCUCACCAAGUCAGGAGCGUGGUUCUUCAGCAGUUCUGAGGGGUCCAAAUCAGGGCCCCAAGCCAAAGUGAGGGGAGGCCCAGUCGGAGCAAGCCAGGACCUUCUCAGAAACGGUUUGGGGAUCCCCACAGACAGAAAAAGAAGCCCAUCAGCAUCCAGGGAUCCAAACGCUGCGUAUAACCAAAGGGAGGGGAAAGGAGGAUUGCAGUAUGCCCCGGUUGAAGGUGGCAUGCCCCGCUCUCCGUCAGACUACGGACGGGACCCUGGCCAUUCGCCAAGAAGUUCAAGGAUGUAUGACGAGGUGGGUGGUUAUCGAGACAGUCGAGGACGCUGGCACUCCCAAGGCCAGCAUUUGGAUGGCCAAUUAGACGACUAUGAACUCCAGAGGUGCCGUGAGGAGGAGUACCAAGCCCGAUACCGCAGCGAUCCCAACCUGGCGCGCUACCCAGUCAAACCCCAGCCUUACGAGGAGCAGAUGCGCAUCCACGCCCAGGUGUCACGGGCUCGGCAUGAACGCCGCCAUAGCGACGUCUCGCUUGCCUACACGGAACUUAACGAGCCACUGCAUGGCCCUGGUGGGCGGCAGUCUCGUCUCCCUCUAUUGGGCUGCCCAAGUCAACGCUCGUACUCGGUGGACAGGAACUCACCAGGACAUCGGACAUCCAACCAUAGCCCACCGACGCCACACCGCAGCCCUGUGCUGGGCGACAGCCGGCGAGGGCUGGGAGAUCCCGCAAGAAAACACAUACCCCAACAGCAUCAUUUGGAUCCUAGCUCAGCCAUGAGCAGGAACAAAUGGGACAAAAUGGAUAACAUGCUACGAAACGACUCUUUAAGCUCGGACCAAUCCGAAUCAGUUCGACGUCCUCCACCCCGACCCAACCGUAGCAAGCGAAUUGGCAAGCUCAGAACCAUGGGUAGCUUCAGUAGCUCGGAGGAAGAGCUGGCUACCACGCCAGAGUACACAAGCUGUGAAGACGUGGAGCUGGAAAGUGAGUCCAUCAGUGAAAAAGGAGAUAUGGAUGGUCACUGGUGGGACCAUGCGUCUUGGCAUAGCGAGGCCUCCUCUUUGUCCAUGCACCCGGUGACAUGGCAACCAUCCAAAGAUGGAGAGCGCCUAAUAGGGCGUGUAGUGCUAAACAAACGGAUGAAAGAUGGCACGGUGCCCCGAGAUACAGGGGCACUGCUAGGCCUCAAGGUGGUGGGAGGGAAGAUGACAGAGUCUGGGAGACUUUGUGCUUUCAUCACGAAGGUGAAGAAAGGAAGUCUGGCAGAUACUGUCGGCCAUCUGAGACCAGGUGAUCAGGUUCUAGAGUGGAACGGGAGGGUCUUGCAGGGAGCCACAUUCAAGGAAGUUUACAAUAUCAUUUUAGAAUCCAAGCCUGAGCCGCAGGUGGAGCUGGUGGUCUCACGGCCCAUUGGAGAUGUUCCUAGAAUACCAGAGAGCACACAUGGACAACUUGAAUCAAGUUCAAGUUCCUUUGAAUCCCAAAAAAUGGGACCGUCCAUCUCCGUCACGUCCCCCAUGAGUCCUGGCAUGCUCCGGGACACCCCUCAGUAUCUGUCUGGACAGCUCUCAAGUCCAUGCCUUAGUAGAAGAACCACGCCUUUUGUCCUUAGGGUCCAGGUGAAGCUCUGGUACGAUAAAGUGGGACAUCAACUCAUUGUUACUAUCCUGGGCGCCAAAGACUUGCCUGCACGAGAAGACGGGCGGCCCAGGAAUCCCUACAUCAAAAUCUACUUCCUCCCCGACAGAAGUGACAAAAGCAAGAGAAGAACAAAAACAGUGAAGAAAUCUCUGGAGCCCAAGUGGAACCAGACGUUCAUGUACUCACCAGUGCACAGACGAGAGUUCAGAGAGCGUAUGCUGGAGAUCACGCUGUGGGAUCAGGCCAGAGUCCGAGAGGAGGAGAGCGAGUUCCUGGGAGAGAUUCUAAUAGAGCUGGAGACAGCGCUGUUGGACGAUCAACCUCACUGGUAUAAGCUACAAACACAUGACCUUUCCUCAGUGCCCCUGCCUAACCCCUCACCCUACAUGCAGAGGCGACUCCUACACGGAGAGAGCCCCACGCGCAAGUUACAAAACAAAGGCCCGUAUUAUUACAACUCAGGGUCACAGCGAAUCAGUGACAGCGAGUUCUCUGAUUACGACUGUGAAGAUGGGAUUGGUGUUAUCUCAGAUUACCGGCACAACGGCAGGGAUUUCCAGAGCUCCACUCUGUCUGUACCUGAGCAGGUCAUGUCGUCCAAUCACUGUUCACGAUCAGACAUGAUGCGCACACGCUCACGCUCACGCUCACCCAGCAUCCCUCCCCCACAAAGGUAUAGCCGCAGCAUGGUGGACAGGCAUGACAAUUACAGGUCGAGAUCAGCUGACCAGCGGCCCAUGAUGGAUCGACCGGUCUACACCCGCUCCCGCUCGUCCGAGCGACCCGACUCUGGCUACAUGAGAUCCAUGCCAUCCUUAACAUCAGGGAGAUCUGCCCCUCCCUCUCCUGCCUUAACGAGGGCAAACCCCCGGACGGGAUCGGUCCAGCCAAGUCCCACCAGCACGCCAGUAUCCAGUCGGAGAGGUCGGCAGCUACCGCAGGUCCCACCCAAGGGAUCUAUGGACAGAAAUGGCGAGGGCGUGACUGAACCUUAUGAAGUCGGAGCAGGGGCAGUACCUCAGCCUCUUGCUCCUCCUCCCCCUGCUCUCUCCCAGCUUCCACAGACUGUGGCUGUAGUGGGAGGGGCUUGUCAAUCUCCAGCUCUGCCCCCUGUACUUCCCCAAGUCACACAAACAAUGGCUGCUCACGCGGGGAUGGAGCCUCCGGUCCCUGGUCCCACCAUGGCACCUACCACAGCCCAUGCCCCCAUACCCCCACCUGUCCAUGCUCCUCCCCCUCCGGUCCAUGCUCUUCAUCUUGCACAUGCCCCUACGCCUACAUUACAAGCCCCUCCCACUCAUGCACAUGCCCCUCCUCCCUCUGAUCCUUCCCCUGUCCCUCCCCCGGCCCCUCCUCCUCCUACUCCUGUCCCGUCAACAGCCCCACCAGGCUCCCGACAGGCAUCUGAGUCAGAAUCCCAGGAAAAGCCUCUAGCUCCCCCACCUGUUAAUGGAAGGAAAGAGGUGACAUGGGAGGACCAGCAGAAGAAAGCUUCUGCAGUAGAAACUGUGUCAGAGAAUGGAGAUGCAGGUACUUUGAAGGAUCCUUCAAAGCGUGGAAUAGACAGUCUCUCUAUGAGGUCAUCGGACAGUGAUGUGAGUGACGUGUCCGCUAUGUCGAGUGCAUCUCGUCUUAGCAGCACGAGUUACAUGUCUGUCCAAUCAGAAAGAACGCGUGCCAACCGCAGAAUCAGCCAUGUGGAAGCCCUUAAUAGUCAGGGUGAGGAGGGGACUGUAGUGGUGGAAGAGCAGGUGGAAGCAGUGAAAGGAAGUGCUCUAGGGGCAGGACAGGAAGGGGAGGCAGGUGAGGCUGUCGAGAACCCAGAGCAGGAAGAAGAGGAGGAACCUAAGAGGGCUCAGACUGCCACACCUGGCUCCAACAUCACCAAGAGCUCCAGUGUGGGCGGAGACAUGUGCUCACUGGGCCGGAAUGACGAUGAGGACGAUGACAAGAAGAGGCGCUCCAGUUUUGGGGCAAAGAUGGCAGCAAUGGUGGGACUGGGAAAGAAAAGCCAAAGUACAUCCCAGCUGGACCCAGAGGAGGAGGGGAAAAAGAAGAAGCCGGUGCGUCUGGCAAUCCAGCGGAGUGUGGAGACAGGUUUAGCCGUUGAGAUGAAGAGCAGAAUGACACGGCAGCCUAGCCGAGAGACCACAGAAGACGGUGAAAAGGCAAAACCUGGAAAUCUCAUCUUCCCUGGGGUGAAGAUCUCAUCAGAUAGCCAGUUCACUGAGUUUUUGGAUGGUCUUGGUCCCGCCCAGCUGGCAGGAAGACAGACGUUGGCCACACCUCCUAUGGGUGACAUCCAGAUUGGUAUGGUCCACAGGAAGGAGAGGUUGGAUGUUGAAGUUAUUCGGGCCAGAGGUCUGGUGGGAAAACCAGGCAACAAACAGACACCAGCACCCUAUGUGAAAGUAUAUCUGCUAGACAACGGCAAGUGUAUCAACAAGAAGAAAACACGGACAGCGAGAAAAACGCUGGAUCCACUUUACCAACAGCAGCUUCAGUUUGAGGAGAACCCUGAAGGGAAGGUUUUGCAGAUCAUUGUUUGGGGGGACUAUGGCCGCAUGGACCACAAAUCCUUCAUGGGAGCCGCCCAGAUCCUAUUAGAUGAUUUAGAGCUGACCAACAUGGUGAUUGGCUGGUACAAACUCUUCCCUCCCACCUCAUUGGUUGACCCGACAUUGGCACCUUUAAGUAGAAAACCUCCAGAAUCUGGCCUGGACAGCUCCAACAUUCGGUCGUAGCGGCACGAGGAGGUCAGCGAUGGAGAGUGACGUGAGUAGCUACAGCUACAAACAGAGAAGAGACAGUCUAGACGGGUCACGUCCUGGUUACACUGCAUGCUUGAUGUUGUGUCCUCUCAACCCGUGUGACGAGAGGCCGUGAAAAGGCCUGCGUCCUUAUGCCAAAAAAUAAAUGAAAAGCAAAAAGUAUGCUGCUGUCACGUGCAGGGAACAAAAGCCACAGGAAGUCUCCGUUCAGCUGAGGAGUUCUGACUCUUCACAAAGUGGAUGAGGAAUAAGAGCUGAUUUCUACAAGAAGUUUUCACAAGCGCUGUUUUGCAAAAGGAAGAUGCCAUUACACUUUUGGCUGUUUGCUUUCUGUUGUGUUUCAAGAGAUGUCAGUGUUUCUUACCUAGAACUUGAUGCAUUGUAGCCAUUACUGUGAGCCAAGCUGUGAAAAGAUGAUCGUGAAAGAGAGGAGCAUUUGGCUGAGGUGGGAGCAGAAAAAAAGGGGAACCUCAGAAAGGUGACGUCUAUGCGGGAAUGUGUUCCUUACAUACUUCAAGACAGAUCACCAAAUGAUCUUCAAAGUUCAGCGAUGAGAAAAUGAUAUGGCCAGAUUUUGUUUUUAAUUCAGGAAACGACAGAAUGAAUCUGAAAAAAAAAAAAAGACUUUUUGUGUUCCGGUCUGAUGUUCUGUUUGUUGAUGUACUGUAUAAGUUUAUUUUUCUUUCUUUCUUUCUUUUUUCUUUUUCUUUUGUUUUUUUUUUUUUUGCAUGGAUGUACAUUUUUAUUUUUUUGAGAGAAAAAAAAGGCAUAAGGUUAUUUUCCUUGAGGCUGCAACUUGCAAAAAAAAGAAAAAAAAAAAAGAAAAAAGAAUAACAAAAAAGAGGAAGUAAAAUAGUUAAGGAUGCACAGGUCAGCCAUUUUCAACAGUUUGUAUUAUUUUUAAUAUGAAAUUCUCUAGUGCAUGGUAUUCAAAGAGACAUAAUGCAAAGUGCUAAAGAUGUGACUGUCAUCCUUUAGAAUAUUCUUCUGUAUUUUUACAGAUCUCAGUUACAGGUGUGGCCUGGGAAGACAUUAUAUCUCAUAAUUAUCAGGAAAAAAGCAGUCUUCUACGGGAGGGAAAGAGAUGGUUGAGGAAAACAAUAAAUGUACGAGUGUAACAGUAUGAGCAAAUUGUAAAUUUCUCCCUUCAGAGUCAGCCAUCAUUGUGUUCAUGUGGAGACAGAGCUGUAUAUUAUUUUAUGGGUCUGUUAUGAUUCCACUGUUACAUUAUGCAAGAAUGGCUCGUUCAUUCAAAGCAAGCAUGUUGAAAGGGUCUGCAACAUGGAUUGAGCACACCGUCUGAGUAAUACAGCAUGUUUUGAUAGAGACAUUGGGGAAUUUUUUGCCGUUUUGUGUACAGUGCAUGUGGACCGGAGGCGCCGCUGUCCCCUGAUCUGACCUCGUCCACAGAUUCAGAUCGGGGUUGAUGUUCUGUGGCCAAUGGUUCAGAUAUUCAACGCAACAUUCCACCUCUUGGCACUCAUCUUUAUUGAAAAGAAAAAAAAAGAAAAGACAAUAACUGACAAAAGAAAACAAAAACAUGGGGGAAAAGAGGGUAAAGAAGAUCAUUUAUAUUUAUUCAAGGUUGACUUGGAAAAUAGGUUACAAGGAUAUUUUAUUUUAUUAUUGUUAUAAAGAAAACAAUAUUAAAAAAAAAAAAACAGAUCCCAUUGAAUGGUGCUGUAUGAAGACUCUGAAGUCGGAGUGGGCUGGACAAUGUUCUCUCUCAUCAUGUUGGUAAACACAACAGACACUGGUUGUCGAUUGAGGAGCUGGGUUCAUGAAGAUGGGAAAAUUGCCACAGAAUAUGAAUUUUUCAUUGUUUCUUGUUUUGAGAGAAUAAAUUCAUUUACUAAU